CACACAGUUGUCUUUUUCUCUCUUGACUGGCCACACAUUCACUGACAAACUGAUUUAUUUGGGUCAUUGAGGAUUCCUUUGGAGCAUGGAUUGAGCCAAGUAAUGUGGAGAAGGGUUUUUAAUUUAGGCUAGCAGUCUUCAGUCUUUGUUUACUGUUGAGCAUCAUUAUGAUAUGGACGACUGUCAAGUUCCAAUGAUAAAUUCAGGCAAAGUCAAGUUACAGACAUCCUCAACCCUUUUACAAACCUUUGGUCAGCUGAGAGUGUCAAUAAUGCCACACAAUGGCUGCCUUAAUAUUCAGAUCAUUGAAGCCAGAGGACUCCUUGGGAAUGAAAAUAGGAAAUGUGAUUUUUAUGUCAAGCUAGCGAUUAUCCCAGACCUCAAUCACAGUACUCAUCGGAAGACCGAAACUGUAUUAGACUGCAAAAAUCCUCUCUUCCUUGAGACCUUUUUGCUGGCUAUUAGUGUGGAGGAUUAUCAGAAGAGACUGCUGGUCACUGUGUGGAAUCGCAACCCAUCCUCCAGGAGGAGUGAGUUCCUGGGCUGCAUGAGUUUUGGAACACACUCGCUCAUAACUUCAUCAAAGGUGAUCAGUGGCUGGUAUUAUCUCCUGGGCGAAGAGCUGGGGAGAAGCAAGCAUCUGAAAGUGGCUUCGAGACACCUCACAGGCAGGCAGGACUCUGCUGGUGAAUUGAGACGGGCGCAUCUGGCUUCUAAGCCACGGGAAGCUGCCUUGUCCAACCAUGGUGCUCCAGCCUCUGGGACGGUGCUGCCUUCAAGCCCAGAGAAUAUGCUAUGCUUAACAGUGACUAUCCUUCGGGGUAAAGAUGGCUUCGGCUUCACCAUCUGCUCGGACUCACCUGUGCGUGUUCAGGCUGUCGAUCCAGGGAGUCCAGCGCACCAGGCUGGCUUACAGCAGAUGGACACUGUGCUGCAGCUCAAUGGCCAACCAGUGGAGCAAUGGAAGUGUGUCGACCUUGCUCACGCAUUCAGAAACUGCCACAAUGAGAUCACUGUAGUGGUAUGGAGGACCCUACCUAUUAUGAAGCCGUAUUUUGAGGGCCUGAUCCACAGACCGUCUUAUAAGGCCUCUGCCUACGACACUGUGGUGUCCCCGGCAGGGAAGAAACGAGACAAGACCCCGCCUUUGCUGACCCAACCCACCCAUGGCAGAUGGAGUGGACGUAAGCAAGGGCUGGUGUCAGAGGGCGGCCAUGGAUCCUUGUGGAGGGACAAGCGAGAAGACAAGGGAGAGUACUACAAGGGACAGGAGCCAGACUACGGGACUACUAAGAUCACGACUCGGACCCUCAAAGGCACCCGGGUGACCUCAUCAAAUGGUGACAACUACAUUAUCCUCUCCCCUGUGGACCCGGGAAGCCAGAUCUUGCAUCCCGUUUAUCAAGACCGGAAUGGUACACUUGGUAAGAUUUAUCAAAGUCACCCAAGCGGUGGACUUCAGAAGGGCAAUGGCUUUCUACAGGACACUGCUAGCGGGCUACAGGCCACAGGCUUAUCUUCUCAACGCUCCAUCAUCGGUAAGACGGCUACCAUGCUACCCCCAUCUGGCUACCAACCCAGCUAUGGCAAUUACCAGAACUGCACCAUUGUCCAGUCUCAUCUGCCCUACUCCAAUUACGGAACCUACGUCACGCUGGCGCCCAAAACCCUCAUCUUCCCCGUCUUUGUUCAGCCCCUGGAACUGUGUAGCGAGCGAACACUUCUUCUCUCAGAGGAGAUGAUCCUGCAUGAGAGCCAGUGCAUGUCUAUCAAGGUGACAUUGCUCAUCUACACAGACCUGAUGCUGCUGACUAGGGAGGAUGAGGCAGGCCACUGUAAUGUGCUGCAGAGCCCCCUGUACCUCCACCAGCUCCGCCUGCGGGAUGUUCCUGUUGAUGUUUUGAGGUUGUACAUCAUCCACUGGACAGAGAGGAGUGAGUGCCUGUUCAGUCUGGAGGCGUACACGGUGGAGCAGAAGAGGCAGGUACAUCAGUGCCUGCGGGAGAACAUUGACAAGCAUCUGGAGCAGAGGGAUACACUUGUACAUGAUCAGAUGUUGGAACCAAUGGCUGAUGUCCAUUGUGAGCUCGGUAUCCUAAAUCUGGGCCGUCAAGCCAACGAAGAGCCCUCCUCGCAUGGCCCUUCCUCCGAACCCUGCAGCAUGAGCAGCCCGCCAGCCAAUAUUCCGAACCUCAUCCCCCUGGUGGUGCGCAGCACAGAGGACCUCGGACAGAAGUUGCCCCUCACGCCCCCGCCGUGUACCAUAGGUAAAACCUGCAACAGUAUGAGCCUGGAGAGAACGGGCAUCUGGAAGGAAAGGGAGAAGGUAGUGGAGGAGGGAGACGAGGAGAGGCAGCAGGGUGAGGGAGAGAGCACCACUGAGACGUCAGAGACAGCAUGCAUGGGUGCCAUACCUCUAUCCCCCUCUCCGUCCUCCUCGCUCACAGUCCCAGACGUGAGCUUCCUCGAUCGCUCCUUCAACACAGAACCCAUGGAAGAAGAUGAGGAGGACUGUGACAAAGACGGCCUGGAACGUCAGAGCAUUGGGGAGUGCUCUCCCUUUAGAAAGCGGGGUGAGGGCGUGAGUGGUGGUGACGAGCCUAGGGUCCUCCACAGACGCACGCUUAGCGAGGGCAGUCUGCUGCAGGAGCUGCGCUCGCCACGUUUCAUCUCCGACAGCACCAUCCACCGCCUGGACAGAGGCCACACUCCCCCACCGGGCGGCUGGAUGCGGCCCUCCCCCAAGACCCUGAGGAAGGAGUUGACAAGGAACGGAGGCUCGGUGCACCAGCUCUACAUGCUCCUCUCAGGGAGGAAGGUAUGCAGUGAAUCCGACUGUAACUGUGAGUUUAAACAUGGCUGCACGAAAAAGAAGAAAUCCAUGAACCUGGCCAAAGACAUGAAAAAUCGCUUGACUUUCUUGAGGAAGAACGAUUUCCAUGGCAGCAACCCAACAAACGGGCUGGAGAAAGUCCUGAAGUCAGUCAAGCCCUCGCCAGAGGAGGCCCUAAAGUGGGGGGAAUGCUUUGAUACGCUGCUGGCUCACAAAUAUGGAGUGGCAGUCUUCCAAAGGUUCCUGCAGACAGAGUUCAGUGAGGAGAACUUGGACUUCUGGUUGGCCUGUGAGAAGUACAGGAAAAUCAAAUCCCAGUUCAAAAUGGCCUCCCGAGCAAAACAAAUCUUCUCAGAAUACAUGUCCAUACAGUCCUGUAAAGAGGUGAAUCUGGACUCCUAUACCCGAGAGGUCACGAAGGAGAACUUGCAGAGCACCUCGGCAUUGACCUUUGACCUGGCCCAGAACAGGAUCUAUGGCCUCAUGGAGAAGGACCCGUACCCUCGCUUCCUGCGCUCGGACCUCUACAGGGACUUGACCAACCAAAAGAGGUUCAACGCCAUGGUGCCAGAUCUGCCCUGAGUUGGAAGAGAGAUUGAGGACAUUGGAUGACUUGGAGCCCUGGUUUGUGUUCAUUAGAGGGAUGGACAUUGGAGAGCUGUGCCCAGGUGACAUUCACGUUGUCUAAAUUGGUUUAGAUUAUGGUUUGGUACUAUUUUUGUCAGUGUUAUAUACUUACCUCAUCUGAUUCUCCAUGGGCAUUUUCCCAACCUGGUUCUGUGGUCAUUGGUUUCUGACGAGUUAAUUUGAAAAAUGUUUUGACCAAAUACAGCUUCCAUAUCCUCAUGGGCCUUCCUGUUUGUGGCAUAGCCCAAACCUUCACUGCCUUCUAUUUCUGUGUGUAACACAGGCAGAUUUCUGACACUAUUCCAAAGACUAGAAGAUGCUAUACACUAUAUCUAGGAGUUGUUCAACAUAGCCAAGAGGCCUUCCAGUGUAUUCAAACCAUUAUGCAAUCAGCAAACAUGGUGCAAUUAAAUCCCCCCCCCCCCCC